GCCAGAGUCUUCAUUGAAGAUUUUGUAACGUUCUGACAACAUGACCACGUGCGUCAUCCGCGAAGGACAAGUUACAAAACAAAUCCACAGGAAAUUUGAAGUCGUGUGGUGAUCAUUUUCGACUGUUAAUCAGAGUCUUACGAGUACUAUGAAAGCUGAUACUACCUGACAACUGAACUUACGCUGGUUAAGCGUGAGGAUGCACUUCGCCGAUUUCCUCGCAGGAUCUGUUGGAGGAGCCUGUGGGGUAGCAGUUGGUUACCCUUUCGACACAGUAAAAGUGAGGAUCCAGACCCAAAAACAGUUCUCUGGAAUAUGGCAGUGUUUUGUAAAAACCUUGGAAAAAGAAGGGGUCCAUGGUUUCUUUAAGGGGAUGUCCCUUCCUGUCACCACUGUGUCUAUGACAUCCUCGGUGGUGUUUGGGACCUACAGGAACUGCUUGCAGUGCCUCAGUCAGUUCCAUGGCCUCGGGGCCCCCAACACCAAACUGGACGUCUUCCUGUCUGGGCUGGCCGGGGGAGUGACCCAGAUCUCGGUCAUGUCACCCGGUGACAUCGUGAAGGUCCGUCUGCAGUGCCAGACGGAGUCCAUGCGUGGUGGUGGUGGUGGCGGCGGCGCUAACCUGGCCAGGCCCAAGUACCGCGGCCCCAUCCACUGCCUGAUGUCCAUCGUGCGCGAGGACGGGCCGCGGGGCCUGUACAGGGGGGCGCUGCCGCUGGCCCUGAGGGACGGCCCCUCCUUCGCCACCUACUUCCUCACCUACCAGACGCUGUGCGAGUGGCAGACGCCCGCCGGGCAGAAGGAACCAGAGUGGACUGCUGUGCUGUUGGCGGGAGGGGUGGCUGGCAUGGCCGGCUGGUCGGUCGGCACGCCCAUGGACGUCAUCAAAGCGCGCCUGCAGAUGGACGGUGCGCGGGAGCAGAAGCGGUACCGCGGCUUCGUCCACUGCGUGACGGAGACCGUGCGUGUGGAGGGCGCGACCGUGUUCUUCAGGAGCCUCGGCAUCAACUGCCUGCGCGCCUUCCCGGUCAACAUGGUGGUGUUCGCCGUGUACGAGCUCGCCGUCCGCGUCCUCCGCAAACAAGAGACUGUCACGCUCAUCUGACACAGCGAGCACUAACGCUGUGUGUGUUUGUGCCGUGUGGAUUAUCGGGUGGUCAUUUAUGUAACUUUUAUAGACUUAAAGCUGCUGGAAAAGCGCACAAAAUGGGGAAAAAGGGACAUCAGUGUUUUAAUUGAUAGCGUGAAGAGCUUUUACUGUCUGUGACUACCUCAUGAGUUGUACACUGUAGGUACUCUCUGCUUCUUAAAAGACUAUGCGCAAAAAAGGCUUUUCCUGAACGCUCAUUUAUUUCCAGUGGGGCGUUAACUGUGUAACGGCAUCUUCUGUUAUAUUAUGCUCCUUACAUCUUCACUCCAUCAAAGAAUAUUUUGUUUAGCCAAUAAUAACAAUUUUAGCACACACAUAAAUCCUUCUCUAUCAUAAUGUGCUAAUUCCCUAUUGCAAAGCCCAACCAGAUCCAUGUAGACAGUAAUUACACCAACAAUAGCAGCAGGUUAAAACACACCUGGCUACACUGGAAUGAGCGCACAGAGAAGUCUUUCGUGCACUUAGCCUAUUAAAUGCUGUAUCGUAUUUGGGGCAUCAGGGGAAAUAUAGAGUAGUGGGGCAUCAUGGGAAAUGUAGUUUUUGUGCCCAUCUUCAUAAUGCAGGCAAGAGCUGUCACCACAGGAGGGCACUCUGGCUAAAGGUUGAGUCUGGAACAAAGCUAGCCCAGAUAAGGUCCUGAUCUGGCUUGAGCUCGGGGCUAGAGAGCAGCUUACUGGACCUUGUUAGCCAGUAAAAAUCACCAGUGGUCAUGGGAAGGGCUUUUUUAUGGAAGGUGAGAAAUGUAUACCCCGAUGUAUGUAUGAAUGUUUACAAUAUGUUGACUUUCGUCCUCAGUCAAAGAAAAGAGUAUUUCUAUCUGAAAUGUUUAUGCUAAUGAAAGUGUUAAUUUGGUUUCUGUUAUUUAUUUGAAUCUCAUGCUGUUACAAGUUAAAGACACAACUGUUUAAGCUUGCAUGCUGCCAUGUUCAGCUACUUAUGUGCCUACUGUUAAGCACUUAUGGGGAAUAAUAUGGCCAUUACCUACUUCCAUAAUAAUGAAAUAAA